AUGAGUAAGAAAGGUGGUAGACGUAAUAAGGGACAAAAGUUUGUUGUAACUGGUGAACAGGAAGUUGCCACUAGUUCUUCUGCGCUUUUAACAAAGUAUGUUGAAGAGAAACAAGGGACCACUUCCGAUUUGUUUGUUCCCAACUUUGCGGCCCACGAUGAACGCGUGCAAAAGAAGAGGGAACGUACCGAAGAACCUGAAAAGAAGGAAGAAGAUGGACUUUGGUAUGUCCGUCGUGGUGGUGAUCGAACUCACCGUGAACGCCGCGAUAGAGACGAGCGCCCCCGAGAUGAGAAUGGUGCUGAAUUACCAACCGAAGCGGACACAGCAGACAAUUGGAGACGUAAGGAUGGUGAUUCCUAUGUCCCACGAAGUAGUGGUGACGAGAGAGAAAAUCGCAGAGAAGGUAGAGAGAGGAAGAGUGAAUUAGUAGGUCCUACUGAAGCUGAUACUUCAGACAAUUGGCGACGUAAAGAAGGUGAUGUUUUCAUUCCAAAACAUGCUGAGUCUGGUAACUAUGAACCAAGAGAAGGGCGUGAGAGGAAGAGUGAGUUAGUUGGUCCUACUGAUGCAGAUACCUCUGAUAAUUGGAGAAGAAAAGAUGGCGAUGUGUUUGUCCCAAAACACGCAAACGACGCGUACACACCACCUAGAGAACAACGAGAAUAUCGAGAGAAGCGUCCAGAACCUGAAGGCCCAACUGAAGCGGAUACUGCAGACUCUUGGAGAAGAAAAGAUGGCGACUCCUAUGUCCCAAGACAACAAUUUGAACAUCGCGAGAGAGAAUAUGUCCCAAGAGAAGACCGAGCUCCACGAGAGGAUAGACCCCCACGAGAAGAGAGAAAAUUGUUUGAAGGGACGACACAAGCGGACUCCGAUGAUAAUUGGAGAAGAAAGCCUGGAGAGACUUAUGUCCCCAAACAACGAGGGGGAUACAGUGAUAUUUCCAAUAAAAGAGGUGGAUCAAGUGGUGAUAGAAAUCGAGGUGGAAGAUUCGGCAAUGAUUCAAGAGGAAGAACUUAUGGCGACAAAACUCGAGGUGGUCAUUCCCCAUCGAGAGGAGGACCAAGAGGUAAAUAA